ACCGGGAAAGGACUGGCUUAUCUGAACACUCCCGCCAACACCGACAAUCGACAAUUUGGAAGUUCUGCGACAACCAGCUCUUUUCAGAACAAACUUCCAAGUUACUGUUCGACCCGGUCGCUAAUCCCAGAAGUCAAAAUGGUCAAGAAGAGAGCGUCCAACGGACGUAACAAGAAGGGCCGUGGUCAUGUCAAGCCCAUCCGAUGCUCCAACUGCUCGCGAUGCACUCCCAAGGACAAGGCCAUCAAGAGAUUCACCAUCCGCAACAUGGUUGAGUCCGCUGCUAUCCGUGAUAUUUCGGAUGCCUCCGUCUUCACUGACUAUGCCGUUCCCAAGAUGUACUUGAAGCUCCAGUACUGCGUUUCCUGCGCCAUCCACGGCAAGAUUGUCCGUGUCCGCUCCCGUGAAGGUCGUCGCAACCGUGCCCCCCCUCCUCGUAUCCGAUACAACAAGGAUGGCAAGAAAUUGAACCCCCAGCAAGCCGCCAAAACCGCAUAAAUGAACUAAAAGAGAGAUAUCUGCAAUGAAAGUUCUUUUCUUUUUGUUUAUUUGCAUUAUUCCUAAAACAAAACGGUUUUAUUAUCUAUUAUUGUGAUCAUGAUGAAUCUGGGAAACAUGACGGAUUUUUUUUUGAGACAAGAAAAAGUUCGGCAUUGCGGUGUAGGAGAAGAGAGAACAAAAACUAUCUUCUUCCAUGGAGGGAUCUAUUAGAAAAUGAUUAUAACUAGAAAAUCGAUUCUAUUGGACCUCUGAAAAUCUUUAUACGCAAUCUUAAGGGAAAGAGAGAAGGGAGAGAUGACGUGGGAACAGCUUAAAUUACUUCCAGGGAGCCAGGACGUUCGUGUUCAGUGAGUCUGCUCGAGAUCUUUGCUGUCAAGCCAAGCUACUACGUAGCUAUGUUCCCGUAACCUAGGUAUGUGCAGACGUAAUGGACAAAGACUCAUAUAUCAAUUUCCCCUGACUCGUAACUCUAUAAUUUCCCAUCAUGGAUACAAAUACCCCUUCUCAAAGUAAUUACCAUAUAUAUCAACCACUCCACUCCGGCCCUUUGGCGUCGGGUUACGUAUCACUUUUACUUCUCCCGGCCAGUAUCCUUCUACAUGUAAUGGCAGAGCGCCGUGACUGUCGAACGGUGACGGGCAUGGAGAAGAUGUCGAUGGAGAGUGACGAUUAGAUUCUUUCAACCUUUCAAAUUCCGCCUUUUUAGAUCGUCUGAAUGAUGCUAGGGCUGAUACGAGAUCGACUUCAGGCUCGUUCGAGACAAUAGAUGUGCUAUUGUUGUGCAUUGUUGGUACCGAGGAUCGAGGUGUUGGUUGUUUGGGACCGGAUGUGUUCGAACCUUCCAGCUCUGGUACGCUUGAAUGAAUAGAGUCGUCAUCAGACACGAGCCGAACUCUUUCGUUCAGAAUGGUCGUCGCUAUCUCUUCAUGGGGCUCAGGCACGCCACACUCCUCAUUACCAAAAAAACUGAAAUCGUUCGUAGCAGCGGACCAAAGCCGUUCAGAAUCAAAAUCACCUGUAGUCGACUGCCACCCUGUACGAUCAUGCUGCU